UUGUGUGACGACGUGCCGAGUUUACACGGGUGAUUAGCAGGCACGAGUGUGAGAAAAAAAAAGAAAUCGAAGUGAGGAAGGAAAAAAAGAAAAAAAACGAAGCGGAGAGAAUACACAGUGUGUUUGGCAAGAAAAUAAUUAAGGAAAACGGAAUGGGUUCCAGUCAUCAGAUCUCCCUUAAAUGGGAUCACUACUUGAAGCAUAUUACCUGUGCUUUUGACACAUUAAGGACGGAUGAGGAUCUUGUAGAUGUCACUCUAAGCUGUGAAGGCAAAAGGAUCAGGGCACACAAAAUGCUUUUAUCAGCAUGUAGUACAUACUUUAGAGAUUUGUUUAAGGAAAAUCCAUGCCAGCAUCCCGUCAUAAUAUUUCGUAAUGUAAAAUUUGAUGAUUUGGCUGCCUUAGUCGAUUUCAUGUACCAAGGUGAAGUGAAUGUUGUCCAAGAACAAUUAGCGAGUUUUCUCACAACAGCAGAGCUUCUUGCAGUACAAGGUCUUACAGAUGGCACAGGAAUAGAUGACAGUUUAGUAGAGGAUGAUAUAGAAAUUUCCAACGAGUUUGAAGUUCAACUGCAGAACACCUCUAGUAAAUUCAGUAAAUUUAGUAAAUCCACUGGAGACAACAAGAGGAAUAAGUCCCCGUCGUCUCUGACGUCAUACCAUGUCAUUGGCGCGCAACCCGAAGUGUCUCCAAACAAAAGAAGAAAAAUCCAAGAGAGUACGAAUGUGAAUGGGGAAAAGAAUUCAUCAGAAAUUAACGCGAACGAUUCCGAUGGGAAAACAUCAGAAAGUCAGAUGGGACCAGACUCUGAUCCACUUGUAAUAAUUCCCCCCAUAGCAAACUUGAAGGUGGAGAUGCCGGAAUAUCUGGAGCAAGACGGUAGCAGUUGUAGUUUCGAAGAUCAGAGCAUAGGCGAUAAUACGCUAAAUAAAAUUGCCACAGUCGACACGUUGUCGAUUAUGCCUAAACAUGGACAGAAGGCCGACAUCAGUCAGACAAUUUAUUCGAGUCAAUCAACAUCGGACGGUUUGGAUGGAAAACAUCAAUCAGAUACCGGACACCUGCUCUCUAAACCGAGUACUUCGAGAGAGAGAGCAACACAGGAUGCAGUACAGGAAAAUGAAAAAGAAUUAGAAGAUCUUCGUGAUAAAAGAAAUUGUACACAAAAUUGUAAAUAUAAGGAUUGUUCUAUGCUAUCUGUGUCUAAACGCAAUACAGAUAGUCAACAGAAUAUGGGAAAAAAAUUAAAAAAGUCUAAAUGUGACAUAGUUUAUAACACAAAAAAUGCAAAAAAUACUCAACUGACUGAGUUAUUAUAUGGAGACUCUACAUCUAUGGAUGAAUUAUCCUCUACAUCUAUGGAUGAAUUAUCCUCUACAUCCUCCGACGAAUAUUAUGAACAUAAAGUCCUCUCGCAAACGCAGAAGAAAAAAACAAAGAAAAAUGAAACAUUAAAAAAUAAAUAUAAUUCAUCAAAGCAUAAAAUUAAUAAUAAGAGUCCAAAGAAAGAAGACCUACAGAAAAUGUUGCAAGAUGCUUUAUCAACCAUUGCAGAACUAGAAAAUAGGAUUACAAAAACUAAAAAUAACACAGAAAACGAUGUUACUCCAACUAGACAUUUUACGAAUGUAUCUGCUCAUUUAAUCUCCACUGAACCUUCAACUUCCACAAAAAAUAAUUCUAUCGAAGAUUUAUCACCGAAAAGUGAUAUACCAUGUACAACAUCAACUUCUAAAGUUCUAGUAAACACCCCUAAGAGAAAUAAAUUGCAAUCACAAAAUUUGGAUCCAAGAGAGGACGAAAUUCGACAUUUGGAACAGUUAUAUGGAAAAGAUUGGCCUAACGACACUAUGGUUAUGAUUCGGAACGAAGUUUAUUGUUGCCAAUCGGUACUUUAUGAAGCUCUUGGAGCUUCUUCGAAAGCGUCACAUUUAGUCAGGCGUCUUCUAUUAGGAGUCUUUAGGAAAGAUGCCUUUUGUCACUUAACACUGACGGGACGGGCAUCACGUACUGCUGGUCGUGAACAAAAUGAUUCACAAUUAUUUUCAUUAGAUGGCAGAGCUAAGUUUGCGAUAAUAAAAUAUUCACAAAGCAUUGCAAAAAAAAGAGGCUGGAAAAAACAAUCAACAAAAUCGCUUCUUCACGCAAUGAGUCAACGUAUAGGCGAAAUUAAGAGACAUAAAAAGCGCACAUCACAGUAAAUUCGACGCGCUGCGCGUUUAUUUAGCGCGAGACACUACCGCAUCUUGUGAUUCAGUGUAGAAGAAACAUACAUUUUUAUUUGAUUUAUGAGCGAUAAAUGAUAAAAAUAAAAUAAAUAUUAUUUAAACAAAUUAACGAUGUUUCUUAAGAAAAUUGUAAGGACAUUAUUAAAAUAUAAUCUUGAUCUAAGUUGUUUAAUAAAUUAAGUUUUUUUUAUGUUAAUUUUUAUAAUAUUUAUAAUGAUCAUAAAUAUCUAAGUAUUUGCAGAUUAUAAUUAUAUUUAUAUGAUAUUUAUAUUACAAUAAAAAUACAUUUAAGAUUAAUAAUAAUAAGUUUACACGUAAGUGUCCGGGUACAGGGAUAUGUCACUGAGAUAUUUACCUUACUACAAUGAACUAGAUUGAGCAUUUAACUUUAAAAUAUAAAUGAAUACAUUAUAUAGCAAUAAAUUUAUGUUUUUAUUCAUAAGUAUUGUAUUUUAUAUGUAAUGUUCAAUACAAAUUACAAAUUUAUUUAUUUUUUAAAUAAAAUGCAGAAAUUUUUCCUUAUGUAUAAGCGGCAAUCCAUACAAAAAUAUACAAGAAUAUAUAUAAUUGUAUAUAAAUCCACUGGUAUACAUAAUUAAUAAUUAUAUAUAGACAUAUUUUAUAUAUAAUUUUAUACGACGCUUUAAACAUGAUCAUAUAUGAGAAAUUUUUUCCCAGGUUUUUAAAAAAGAUUCCGAAAAUCGAUAAUUUUUCAGUGUCGAGAAAGUAUGUAACCCCUGAAAUUGAAUCAGGUUCGCAAUCUUAUAAGUAAAUUUCUGAACGUAUGAUAUUUUCCUUGCUUUGUAACAGGAAGACUACUUUUAUUUCCACUGAUCACAGAGAGAGUUACCUUUAAUGUACAAAGUGCAUGGUGUUUUGGAUGUGAAUGUAUGAUAUAGGCACUCGAGUGUAGGUUGAACUGUACUAGUAAGCAUUGUCAAGUGCUGUGUGUGUGUGCCAACAAUUAUCAAUUCCUUUUUUUUAAUAACUUAAAGCCAUCAUUAUAUUUCUUAUAUGUACUAACUGUAAGCAUACCUCUGUGUAUAUGCUAAAUUAAAAAAUACUUUUCGAUACUGGUUCAAGGUAACUUUUUUGUGAAAAUAUCUAAUUUGUUUGUAUAGCGCGAAUC